UGGCAGGGGAACCGUCAUUUUCCUACGCGCCCUCUGACAUCAGCCACCUUCUCUGUAGCUAGUUUCUCUGCUCUCAAAUUAAUCCCUGGCAAUGAAAAAUGAACCUCUCCCCCACCCUUGCCGACGCCUUUUGCCUCACGCCCCCAGAAAAGGGUUUCUUCACAAGGCAGCCGAUGAAGGUUUUUUUCCAAGUCACGUGAUCCAGGAUGCAGGGGAGAAUCCUUCUUGGAACAGAGAUGGGCCGAGAACCGACUCAGAUGAGGAGAGAUAAGGUGUGAUGCGGGGAAGGCUAUAUAAAGAAUGGACCCCGGGCUGCCACAGACACUCAACACGGUGGCCCCCACUCAAGACACAGCCAUGCACGUGCCGCCAGGCUCUGUUGCCAGCCACUUGGGACCCCCGAUCCGGAGCUACUUCUGUUUCACCACAGCCACCCUGGCUCUGUGUCUCAUUUUUGCUGUGGCAACCGUCAUGGUGUUGGUAGUUCGGAGAUCGGACUACAUCCCCAACCAACCUGACAACAUCCCCCUUAAAGGAGGAAAUUGCUCAGAGGACAUGUUCUGUAUCCUGAAAAGGUCUCCAUUCAACAAGACGUGGGCCUACCUCCAAGUGUCAAAGCAUAUAAACAAAACCAAGUUGUCUUGGAACGAAGAUGGAAAGUUCCAAGGAGUCAUGUAUCAGGAUGGGAAUCUGGUGAUCCAGUCUGAAGGUUGGUACUUCAUCUUUUGCCAACUCCAAUUUCUCGUGACCAAAUGCCCAGAAAACUCUGUUGACCUGAAGGUGGAGCUUCUCAUCAAUGAAGUGGUCAAAAGGCAGGCGCUGGUGACAGUGUGUGAAUCUGGAGUGCAAACCGAAAAUAUAUACCAGAAUCUCUCCCAAUUCUUGCUGGAAUACCUCAAUGUCAGCAGUACCAUAUCAGUCAACGUGGAUAAAUUCCAGUAUGUGGAUACAGAUACCUUUCCCCUGGAGAAUGUGUUUUCUAUCUUCUUAUACAGUAGUUAAGACUGAACAGUUUCACCUGGCCUUCAGGAAGAGAGCAGCAUUCUACCGUACAGUACUCCAUCCAUCCAAAUGCUUGGGCAAAAAGACAACUUUAAACCAAGUUUAAAACCACAAAGGAUAUUAAAUGGUAUUCAUCUCCUUCUAUCUGUUGGGAAGACACAGCACCAGGGUUAAAAAGAGUGAAGUAUCUUUCAGACAGAACACAGGGAAGCAGUGUGGUAUGGUGGGCAGAGCCCCACACGUGAAUCAGAAGGGAUGGAUAUAUAUACCCCAGCUCAAAUAUUAACUCACUGCAUCACCUUGGGUCAUUUCUUCACACCCCGGAACUCAGGACCCACGUCUGACAAACAAGGGAGCUGGGUUUGGUUCUCUCCGAGGUCUUUUUCAUCUCAGAAGAUCAGGCUUUCUCACCACAGACCUGCAAGCUAGGAUUUCAGGACGUGUUAUGGAAGCCCCCAACCAAAGGGAGACCCUCCAUACCAGCAGAGAGCCCGUGGUCCUAACAGCAUCUGGCUUCACUUUACCUGAGAAACAUCAGAAUAUGGGAACAAGAUUCAGGGUGCCUUGCAGAAUUGUUGUGAACUGCAGGAUCUAAAAAUAUCUAAUAGAAAGGACUGCCAAACGGAUCAUUCAGAAACUAAAAGACCAUCCAGGGAUUUGAAAAACCAUCCAAUCAGCCUGACUCCAUUGCAGUUAAAACUGAGAGUGAGUCAGCAACAAUGGCAUCUGUGCUGUACAUUCUGCAAACAGUCAGCAUGCAGUGGUCAAGGUGAUGAGCUCAUUUAUCCAGGGAAGAGCUGCUGCCAGUCUACUGUGUGAUCUAUUUCUGCUCCCUGCUUCAAACACCUCUCAGAAAACAUUUCUCUAGAGGGUUUUGAGGGCCCUGUAAAGCUGUCGAUAGACAAGGAUGACCACAAAAGAGGUGAGGAGAACUUUCCAGCGAUGGCAGUGUCCUCUCCUGAUUUGGAUAGCCGUGCAAUUUCUUUAGCUACAUCAACCUUUACGUCCUUCCAUCAUCUCUGGACAAGCACCCUGUUUUUUGAAAGAGGAUGUUGACACAUCAUUGAGUUGGAGUGUAAGCCCCUGAAGUUAUGCUUUAGUAACAAAAGAGGGACCUUCAAUUGGUAUACAAAAAAAUGGAGGAAACUUUGCAUUUUUCUCAAGGAGGGGUGAAGGGAGAAAAGAAAAGGAACAGGAAUGUGGGAAAGUCUGUCAAAGAAAGACUAUAAAAGACUUAAGAAAGAACCAGCAGUGGUGGUACAGAUGAGAGGAACUUUGGAGAACAAAAAUGGCUAAGGGAAACGUUUAAGUCAUUUACAGAGCAGUGUGCCAUAUCAAUCUCCUUGGUCUCCUCUACGUAAUACUCAAUAAAGUCUACAUUUCUCUUUAAUGUGUUGUGUGAGUAUAUUCUUUGGGAAGAUUGGGGAUAUGAAGAGAUGUUGGAUUUAUCAAUCCAAGUGGUAGGUGGUAAAGAGAGAGAAAGAGAGAUUUGGGAGCCAAGAGCUAGAGAAUUAAGGAGACAUCUGGCAUUUGAGUUAUAUUCUACCUGCGUGGGACAAAGGCAUCUUGUUUGAACCCAACUCAUGCAUUCUUUGAAGAGAUUAUGUAUCCCAACCUUGAGUAAACUAAAGCAAACUUUCAAUUGUAUCACAUUCUAAUUCCAGACAGCUUCCUCUUGCAUUUUCCACCAAUCUUCCUUGAGCAGAGGUCACCAACAUUUGCACUGUUAGCAGUUACUAAUCUCAGCCUUUAUCAAAGAAUGCUCUGAAAGUCAACAGCUGAAGACCAAGGGGGCACAGAAUUUUAAGGAAUCCUGUGGUAAAAAAAAAAAAAAAAAAAAAAA